AGAUGUGGGGUUUUUGGUGGUGAUGGAAGCGAUUCUCGAGGAAAGAAUAACAAAUUGCGGGAUCUCAGCCGCAGGCAGGAGGAGAAGGGCUUUGCCCACGCAGGUGGAACACAGACAAGACCGCACCGAGGAGCGGGAGGCUGCAGCGAGCCGGGAGGGUCAGAGAGCGCCGGGGGCUCAUCCCGGCAGCCGCGGCCGGGGAGUGACGGUCCCCGCGGGGCGGGGGCGAGCGGCAGAGGGUGCGGGGAGCCGAGACCGAAGUGGGGGGAGCCACAGGACCGGGGGCAGCUCCCGGGGCCGGGGCACGGCGGGGACAGGGCUCGGCACGGGGGCAGCGCUCCCGCAGGCUGCGAGUGGCGCGGCACCAGCCUCUCCUCCUCCGCCUCCUCCGCCUCCUCCUCCUCCUCCUGCACCCGCAAUCCAGCCAGACACGGCGGCGAUACCGACCGGCCCUGCUCCCCGCCGGUGCCCCGCAUCCUCCCCGGCACGGAAAGGCUGCGGAGAUCCUUGAGCGGGGAAGCGGCUUGUGGGAACUGCGGGGACGCGGCACCGCGGGGAGAGAGCAGACACCGUGGGAGGAAAUGUCCCUGAUCAUCUCCCCCGUCCCUCUCCUGCCCCGGGUAAGCGGAGCAUCGCCCCACCAUUCCCCCCACUUCUCGAGAUUCCCCCCACUUCUCGAUGUUUCCAGGCUCUUGGCAUAGCUCGGUGGAAAAAUCCUCCUUUUCCUCCCACAGUGGCUCCGGAAUGUGUGCGGAAUUUGAUGGUUUGUGGGGGAGAGGGAGGCAGCGGCAGCGUUUAUGGAGCUUGAUGUAUGUCCCCCCUCUCCUGGUCCCUCUUCUACACGCGUGCUGUAGACACGCGUUCAUGGCUAAUAAAAAUGCUUUUCCCCGGGCACGGGUGGGCUGAGAGCUUGGAGCGAGUAAGCCGAAAGGCAGGGAACAGCGUGCAGACCGGCACGGAGCUCUGGCAUCCCCGCAGUGUAGCGUGGCUGUGUGCAUCUCACCCUCAGCGGGAUCAAUAGGCACAGUAACCAUGCAGAUUACGGGAUGAAUGUGCUAGGCAAUAUGGAGUGAUCACCAGCCUUACACCAGCACUUGUCUGCUGUGCUGUAUGUGGUCUUUAAAAGAAAUUGUAAUUUCUGGGGUUUUUAUUAAGAAGAUUUUGUCUUCUUUCUAUUAUCUCUGUAAGCACCAGAGUGAAGCAUUCGUGUCUGCCGGCCAGUUUUAUGUUUCCAGAAUCUGCUGGGAAAAAGUCGGAACCCGCAGAAACCCGAGAUUCCUCUGGCAUCACAUUGGUUUGUUCCUGUCAGCAUAUUUAAUCAUUUUUAUGCUAAAGAAUUGUGCAGUGAGCUGAUCUUAGCAAUGAUUUACUCUGCUUGAGGCUUUAUUGAUUUUUUUUCUUUAGCAAGGACAUAAGGAAAGGAGUGAAGGAAGGAUGACACGGUUUGUAAAGAAAAAAAAUCAGUGUACGUUUCAAGUGUAGUCGCUGUUAAAUAUAUAGACAUAUACACGAUGCUUUAUGCAGCUAUAAAAACAAAAGGUCUCUUUGCCUCAGGAUAUUUCUCUUACAGCAACAGGUAGCAAAGGCUCCUCUGUCCCCUUCUCUCCCCUUAUCUCCUCCCCUUCAGCUCCUCCUGACAAAAUGCCAGUUUAAAAGGUCAGAGCGUUUAUGUAAAUAUUGUGCCUUUCUUAACAAAGACUGCUACACAUCAAGCCUGUAAUGACUGUCAAAUAGAUUCAAGACAUUCAAGGAGGGUACCGUCGGUUUUCUAAGACUGAUAAAAUCUCGCAGAAAACAAAGGACAGACAAGUGUGUGCCUGGGAUGGAUCAGCAGCGCCGGGUGCCCGCGGGCAGCAGCUCCGUCACGGCAGCGUUUGGUACUGCAGUGUCCACCGCAACUUCAUACCGCAUGUGUGUGAGACAGACACACACUAAAUGGAUAAAAAGAGAUUUGCUGGUAUGCUAAUGCCUUUCUGCUCUUCCCUUCAGGUUUCUUCCUCUCUCUAGUGGAGUCCUGGUCUGAACUUGCUUUGCAGCUCCUUCACACCAAAGGCAGCUCAAAUCAGCCAAGGAGGAUUUGAGUCUGACCCAACCUCACCCUCCCAAUAAAAGAGAUUGACUUCAUUA